AUGAUGUUACCUCAAGCCCUGUGGCUCUUAUCUGUCUGUCUUCUGUCCUGCUGUUAUGGUGCCCGAUUGAUGGUGUUUGUGGACCCUAGGUCAGAAUCAACACCACUACCUGCGGUGAUCUGGAGUGAUACAGAAGACACCAUGGAAAUCUUUAAAACCUUUAUUAUGGGGUAUAUACCUGGAAUUUAUGUUCUGUCUCUGGAGAUUGAGAAGAGCAUGAAGGAGGAUCUGGAGAACCAAGUGCUGGAUGCCAGUUUCCAACUGUGUCAGAUUCUCAAUCAGGAUCCUAAAUUGCAGAACAGCUACAUUGCUGUUGCAUACUCUAAGGGACGCCAGUUCCUUGAUGUGAAGCGAAUUCUCCAGCUGUAUUAAAAUCCAGAAAAUUAUCCCAAGACAAACCCAUAGCUUGUGCAAACACUAUGGUCAUAGCAGUGUUCUGCACCUACUGUGAACUCCUGACACAACCUAACUGCAAAAGAACAACCCUGUCUGCAAAGAUCAGCUUAGUCUCCUGCUCGUGCCAUACGCUCUCCUUCUUCUCUCCUCCUGCUAGCUUUGGAGAGGUUAUUAGUCUGUAAGAGAGGCAUGCUUGCAUAAUGUGAGCUCUUCUCAGAUUCUCUAAAAUAAACCUGCUUGCACUUUGA